CCGGUGUGGUCAUUGAUACUCGACCAAUACUACCCCAAGUAUUACUUCAGGACAUACUUGACAUAUGCGGACAUAAAUAAUGCCAAGACAUGUAGGUCAGGUGACUCGGCUUUACUAAAUUGUCACUGUGUGUAUGUGUGUAUGUGUGUCGGCCCUGUGAUGGCCUAGCGGCCCCUUUCCAGUGUCUCCCUGCCUGCCACCCGAUGACUGCUGGGACAGGCUCCAGCAUCCCCACGACCCUGAGAGCAGGAUAAGCGGUUUGGAUAAUGGAUGCAUGGAAAUAAUGCCAAAAACAGUCAGAUUUGCCGGGGAAAUUACGUCAUGUUCGGCAUCGGGGAUGCUCGGUCUUCUUCGGACCGCAAGUCAUUUUGGGUAUGGAGGCCCAGCAAGGACGCAACAGCUCCCGGGUGGAGGCAACCCGUAACUGUGACUACAUUGAAAAUGGCUUCCCCUGUUGGAUGUGAGCAUUACGUGCGCAGCUGCUUGUUGAAAGCUCCUUGCUGUGGCAAACUGUAUGUCUGUCGACUGUGCCACGAUGCAGAGGAGAACCAUCAGAUGGACCGCUUCAAGGUCAAAGAGGUGCAAUGCUCCGACUGUCAGACCCUGCAACAGGCACAGCAGACUUGCCAGCAGUGUCAUGUGCAGUUCGGGGAGUAUUACUGUGAUAUCUGCCACUUAUUUGACAGGGAUAAGAGUCAGUACCACUGCCAGCCCUGUGGGAUAUGCAGGAUUGGGCCGAGGAAGAAGUAUUUUCAUUGUGAAAAAUGCAAUCUCUGCUUAGCCAGUGAUCUGAGGGGAAAACACAAGUGUGUUGAAAAUGUUUCAAGGCAAAACUGCCCAGUGUGUAUGGAGGACAUCCACACUUCCAGAAUAGGAGCUCAUGUUCUUCCUUGUGGCCAUCUUCUACAUAGGACAUGUUUUGAUGACAUGGUCAGAACUGGGGCAUAUCGCUGUCCUCUUUGUAUGCACUCCGCCUUUAACAUGAAGGAUAACUGGGAUCAGAUAGACAAAGAGAUUGCCCAGUCACCAAUGCCCACUGAAUACCAGGAUGCUACUGUAAAGAUUAUUUGUAAUGACUGCCAAGCCCAUUGCACAGUGUCUUUCCAUGUGCUGGGUAUGAAGUGCAGUAGCUGCGGAUCUUACAACACAGCCCAAGAUGGUGGGCUUAUGCAGCAGCCUCAACAACAGCAUCAGGAACCUCAACAACCGGAACCAGAUCUGGACACUGAGACCGAGGCAGAAACAGACACUGAGCCAGAGCAGCAACCUUAGCCUGAGAGACCUGAGCUACCUUAGGAUGCACACCAUCCCCACAGCUACAUUUAGAUUUUUAAGCAUGUUGCUGGAAUGCUUUUUCAGAUUGACUUCAUUUGAAUGUUGAAAUUCUUAGUCUGCCAGCAUUAAAUUAAACCAUAAAUAAGAAGUAUCAGAAUCAGAGCCAUAGCAUUCAGAUUUGAGAUAGAAAAACAAAUCCACAACCACAGGCACCCAAGGUUUCUUUAAAACGUCAAUCAUCUCCUGUUUACAGAUACCUUAAAGGGAAGGAUCAGGAAUUAUGGAAGCCCAAAUCAUUGAUCUUUCAUCAAGCCCCUCAAUUGCACACCAAAGGACUCUGACUGGAGCUCUUGUUUGUGAGAAAAGGGGAAUAGCCGUUAACUUAUCCUUUGAAUAGUAAUAGUUAAAUUGAAUAGACUGAACUGAGGCAUUUUCUCUAAAAAUAAAGCACAUUCUCUUUCAUCAAACAUUUGUGUUUCACUGCUACUGCUCAUCAGCCAAUUCAAGGAAAUGAGAUGACUUGCAUAUCCCCAUUGAUUGAAUUGCUUUAAAUCAAUGGGGAUAUGCUUGAAUUGCUUUCAGUCAAUGGGGAUUUAGUCAACUGGUUAACGUUGUCGCCUGCGGUGUGGGAGACACGGGUUCGCGUCCUGGUUGUGGCGGUUCCCGAGCUGCCCCCUGAAUUAACUGCAUCCCUAUUCCCCAUUGGUGCCCCAUCGGUGCACUUACAAUGCAUCAAUCCAUUGGUGCACUUACAAAUGCACCAAUCUGGUGCAUUGUAAGUGAAUAGGGAUGCAGCGCUGCAUCCCUGUAUCCCUAUUCACUUAAAAUUAAUUUGGGAACAGGAAACUGCAGCUAUUGUCUCAAACCAAAAUUCUUGUGUGAAAACCUUAACCUUUUUAUAUUCACUCCCUCGCUGUGGCAAAAUAUGGCCCAACCUGCUGCAAUAGAAACAGGCUUUUGUCCAUUAGUACAACUUGGGUGUGGGGAAACUAGUCAAACCCAUUGUAAUUUCAAGGUAAUUAGCUGUGGUGUUCCAGCUGUUAACUAAUAAUGAGUUUUUUGACAAAUACAUUUUUUUGCCUGAACAAGACCUUUUACCUUACUGUUUAAUUUAGUAGCUUAAAUCUUAAAGGUGACUUUUUUUAAAUGCUGUACUGUAGGGCAACUUAGAUUAGUCUACUGGUGGUGUUUUGUUUUCAUUAUGGUUUUAUGUUUGAAAUUCAGAAACAUCUGCAGAGCUCUGCAAUACUGAAGUAUUUUAGAUAAACUGAAAUGUCUUUUUUUUUUCAUUUGCUGUGUAGAUUUAAUUUUUGGAGAGAGCUGCAUUGGUCCUUUGUUAAACAAAUGUCCAUUUCUGAAUCAGUUUCUUUGCCAAUACAGAUGGGAAUUUUUGCCUACUUAAUAUUCUAAAGCUACACCCCUCAUGACCUUUUUGGUUUUCUGAAAGUCAUCUAAGGAUGCUGUGGUGUUUGAGCACUCCACAGCCCAGACAUUCAUUCAAAAUCAGUCCCCAGUGCCAUAACAUCAGCUCCUUCACCAUCAAACUAAACACUGACAAAGCCUUGAUUUUAUCAUUUGAUCUUGUACCUGUUGGUAAAGGUCUUGGAUGAGCAUCUGUCAUUUCUGCUUGCCAGCCAUACCGACUUUGCUCCAUCUUUAAGACUCAAUUGUAUGUCUUCUUUAAUUUUGUUGAGAAUGAAAAACAUUACAUGCUAUCUUAUUCCUGGGAAAGCCUUACCAGGAAGAAACCAUUAAAAUGAGCCACUGUAAAAGGGUUCAUGGUUUGGCUUUAGAGCUACAGUCUGGAUGAUAUAUACAUACAUGGAAUGUUGUAGUCACUAAAGCAGACAAAUGUACCCGCUUUGGAUAAAAACAUCUGCUGAGUGAGACAAUUAGGUUUGAUGCAGCUGGUGUUGUGGCUAAGAAGCUGAUAUGACAGGCCAAGCGUGUAGAAGAUCCUUACUUAAAGAUAGUACAACGUCAACAGCUGGAACAUAUGGAGCCCCUGAGUGGUCAGGUCAAUUUUCUGCUUGGCAGUUUUCUGCUGGGCAGAUUUCUGUACCACCAUAGAAGUAAAACAACCAUCUUCAGGAUUGUUGCUUAAACUGCAACGUUUAGCACCACAGCUAAAAAAAAAAAAACAACUUUCAGGAGAGGAAAUGUGGAAAAAACAAGUAUAUGGAAUUGCAAUUUAGCCUGGUUGUGUUUAUGGAAGUAUCCCCAGAUAAGUCUAACCCUUGUCUGUAAGAUGAGUGUCGUUAAUUAUCGGGGGGGCGGGGUCAUUUGUAAUGCUUCUGCCUGCACUAGAAACAUGACUUGGACCAAACCAUUGACACACAGGGGAGGAACCAAAACCACAGUUAAUGCAAAGUAUGAAGGCGACAGGAAAAUAAUGGAGAAACAAUUCCAAAUUGUGCAGUGAUAAAGCCAACAUCAAUAAAAGAUAAAACAAAUAACAGGUUUGAUUUCUGUCUCUGGCUAGCUUCAAACACUAUCUCCUCUAGGUGGACCUGGUUCAGGGGUUGCAAUGUGGACAGUAAAACAAACAGGA